AAGCAAUAAUAAUCUUUUACAUAAUACUUAAUAAUCUUUCGUUUAAAAAAUUUUAAUAGUUAUUUCCGCAUCACAAAUAGUUAUAUUCGGCAACCUUCGAGGAAAGUUUAUGCUUGGCGCCAAAAGAAGCCGCCAAAACCAGUCUAGAUUGGUCUCCUCUCUUGCAGUAUUCGUACAUUUUGUUAUGGAUUCUUGUCAAUAAACUGCUGUAACGCAGGAAAACGUAAAGUUUUUCAAAGUGUCUCCAGUUGCCGAGCUUUAUACGAGACUCUUAACCACGAUCACUAUUGUUGAAGGUUAUUAUGGCUGCUAAUGCCACGCCAUCAGCCCACAAUGUUUAUUCCCUCCUGGUGUUGUUUGAUUUUAAAGAGCAGCCACCUGGAAUCGCUUCGGUGUCUGCAAUUUUCAAACCAACACUCUGCGAAGAUGAAAAGGAUGUGCUAGCUCUUUUGACUUUAUGGAUUGAAAGUAAAAGACAAGUAGUUGUAAGAUGGCGAAAAGGUGACUCGUCCCAUUGGAACCUUAAGUUAUACCUUAACAACAUUGAGGAUUCUGACCACAGAUUGGGUGUUCCUGUAUGCUUUUCAGACGAUAAAGAUUUCCUUCGGCAGAAGAAACUGGACUUAAACAAACUUGCUGUGGAUAAUUUACAGCCCAAAGAAAAGGUAGCUAUCCGCAGUCGUCGGCAACUGAUUUAUCCCGCUCAGCCAGACCAGAGCUCUAAGCGUAAUCAUCUUGAAAAGGAAAACGAAGAUCUCAAAUUGAAAAUUUGGGAGCUGGAAGAACAGCUAAAAGACAGUACAAAUAGCACAAUGGAAGAUUGUAAAACUAAAGUCUCUACUUUGGAAGAGGAGCUUGAUCAAAUGGCGCUCCAGCUAGCAGACCGGGAAUGCGAAGCAAUUGAGUCUGAAAAGCUAGAGUCCUUAGAAAAAAAAAGCAGUCUGACGAUACAAUGA